GGAAGUUAAUCGAAUCGCCGGCGAGGCAGAAAGAGUACGUGGCGAUGGCGGAUACGGACCUGAACGCAACUCUCUCCGUGGCCGAGGCGGCGGUCAACGCCACGGCGAAGGUUCCCUCCACGCCCGAGGGCAUCGCACUCGCCUAUGGCUCCCUGGUCGUCAUGGCGCUGCUGCCCAUCUUCUUCGGUUCCCUGCGCAGCGUCAAGUCCGCAAAGUCCAAGACGACGUCGGACAUGACAGAGACGAUCACGAGCCGCGACGCUGCUCGUUUCCCCAUCAUUGCGUCCUGCACGCUCUUUGGCCUCUACCUCUUCUUCAAGGUGUUCUCGCAAGAGUACAUCAACUUGCUCCUCUCCAUGUACUUCUUUGUGCUGGGGAUACUGGCUCUGUCACACACGAUCAGUCCUGCCAUGGCUCGACUGUUCCCGGGUGCAGCCUUCGCCUCCCAGUAUCAGCUGCUCUUCACACAGGGCACUGGGGAGGCACGUGAGGAGAUCUUGAACUACGAGUUUGACCGUAAGGACCUCUUCUGCCUUGUGCUGAGCUCUGUCGUGGGCGUCUGGUACAUCCUCAAGAAGCACUGGAUCGCCAACAACCUGUUUGGGCUGGCAUUUGCACUGAACGGAGUGGAGCUGCUUCAUCUCAACAACGUGUGCACCGGGUGCAUCCUGCUGGGCGGACUCUUCAUCUACGACAUCUUCUGGGUGUUCGGCACUAACGUCAUGGUGACUGUGGCGAAGUCGUUCGAGGCUCCGAUCAAACUGGUGUUCCCCCAAGAUCUGCUGCAGAGGGGAUUGGAGGCCAGCAACUUUGCCAUGUUGGGACUCGGCGACAUCGUCAUACCAGGAAUCUUCAUUGCCCUCCUGCUCCGCUUUGAUAUCAGCUUGAAGAAAAACAGCCGCACGUAUUUCUACGUCAGCUUCCUUGCCUACAUCCUCGGCCUGGGUCUCACCAUCUUCGUGAUGCACACCUUCAAGCAUGCUCAGCCGGCGCUGCUGUAUUUGGUCCCUGCUUGCAUUGGGCUGCCUGUGCUGGUGGCUCUGCUCAAGGGGGAGGUCAAGGAGAUGUUUAAGUGAGAGAUUAAUACACACACACACACAUAAAGUACAUGUAUAAACACGCACAC